GACGUGUAAGGGAGGAGGGGCCACACCGAGCCCCAUCGGUGUUACUUUAACGAAGAAACUCAUUUUUUAACGGUGUGAGAAGAAGUCAAGGCGGCCGGUGACCAUGUCCGACACGACAGGAGACGGACGUGGAGGAAGAGUUGCUUCACCCAACAAAGCAGCGACGGACAGGGCGGCAUGCACGGAGAACCUAACCGAGACGGAUGCCCUCAUCCGAAGCUCUUUGGACCCUGCAGAGGAGUAUAAGAUGGACAACAAAAGGCGAGGCCUCGCCCUCAUCUUUAACCAGGAGCGCUUCUUCUGGCGUCUGGGUUUAAACGACCGGCACGGCACCAACGCCGACCGCUACAACCUGGAGAGAAGACUGAGCAACCUGAACUUUGACGUGCGGGCGUACGACAACCUCAAACAGGAGGAGGUUUUAAAUAAGAUCAACGAAGCCGCCGAGGAAAACCAUUCGGACUCUGACUGCUUCUUGCUCGUCUUCCUGAGCCACGGCGAGAACGACCAGGUCUACACCUACGACGGCAAGAUCAGCGUCCAGGACAUCACGUCGCUGUUCAAAGGAGACAAGUGCAAGAGCCUCGUAGGGAAGCCCAAGAUCUUCAUAUUACAGGCGUGCCGCGGAGACAAGCACGACGACCCGGUGACCGCGUGCGACGCUGUGGACAGCGAGCUGAAGACCAAUGAGGUGGUGGUGGACGCCAGCGUUCUGCACACCCUCCCUGCCGGGGCCGACUUCAUCAUGUGCUACUCUGUGGCCGAAGGCUACUAUUCCCACCGAGAGACCAUCAACGGGUCCUGGUAUAUCCAGGAUCUGUGUGAACUGCUCCAGAGGUACGGAGACUCCCACGAGUUCACAGAAGUACUGACGCUGGUCAACCGGAAGGUGUCGAUGAGGAGCGUCGGGAACAGUAGCGACCGGAGUGCUAUUGGGAAGAAGCAAGUGCCUUGCUUUGCCUCCAUGCUCACCAAGAAACUUUACUUCCGACCAAAACAGUAACAGCUUGAGACCUCAGUCAUAAGACGAGCUGGUUUUACAUCAAUACCUGGCCAAUAGAAUUCAUCUCAUGAAUACUGAUUAACACAUGCAUUGAGAAAUCGAAUUGGCAGCCGUAUUUUACCGUGGAAUUAGUGAUCGAUAAAAUAACAGGAACAAUUUCAAUUCACAUGCACUGAAACAAAUGGCUAUCCCUGGCUUUAGGCCAUUCAAAGUUGAGAUUUUUUAAUUAAUCAUGUUAAGAUUCUUCUGAAGAAAGCAGAUUUAUUGGGUGGGCCAAACCCUAAACUGGUCUAUAAAAAGUUUGAGGGGGUUUUGCAUUGGCAUGAAAGGGAAUCCAGAAGUAUGUGGAGGAGAAAUCCAGUUACAUCUGGUCCCUAGUUGAAAUUUAAAUAUGUAGUGACAAUUCUAAUGCGAUUAACUCAACAUCCCUGCAGCUUUCAAAAAGUUAAGAGUAAUCAAUAAGAUCUAGCAUCAUUCUAUUACUUCUCUGAUCGCUAGUUUGGUCCAAUGUGAAGAUUCCCUUCAGUGUACAAGUUUUUUUAUUUGGAGAAUUGUAUUUUUUAGACUGUGAUAUAUGGUCUGGUUGUGUUGUAUUGGAUUGCAUUAUGUUUGAACGUUUUCCUGUUAUUUUGUCCAACCCAGAUCAGCAAAAAAUGUUUGCACUCAAGAAAUUGUUUUUUAGCUGCAGGAUUAUUAAUGGACCAGUGUUCUUUUCCUCAGCCUUUUGCUUUCUUUAAUCAAAUCUACAUUAGCGUGGUACCACACAAACUUUUUGCCGCCUCCUCCCACUGUUGACUCUUGUGUUUCCUAAAGCAGAGAAAGCACUUUUCUCAGGAAGCUGGAAAUGUCAGCGGCGUUUUCUUGAACCUAACGUCAGUUGCAGGAAUGUCUUCAAGCCAGAUUAAUAGUUACCAACUUACUGUAUCUUGCGAGGCUGGUGACAUAACUGCAUGACUCAUAGGUUAGGAUUUUGUUCACAUCAGGGUUUAAUACUUUGUCUCUAUAAGCACCAAUGGACAAUCAGCCAUCACUCACAUCCAGACACCACAUAAACAUGCCGUUUGUCUCGCUCCAUCAAAAAAGGGAAUUCAUGUUUGUCCUUUUGUGUUGUAGCAGUUAAAACUGAUCCAUUUAAUAAUGCAUAUUUGCACCCGGCAUGGCAACAAUCACCUGUGUGCAAAGUACCUCAGGGAGAAGAGGCGUUUUUAAAGCUGCACAGUAGACCUGAAACACUUGGGCCACGUGACCUUAGACUCAGGAAAGACAGGAAAGUUGCCAGCAUUCAUUGAGCCUGUAUGUUUGUGGUUUUACUCUUGUGAUUCUGUCGUGACUUUUGCUACUGUUUUGCUCUGCAUUGAGUGAAAACCUUUUAUAAAGCUAAGUUGUGGCAAA